AUGGCCAAACCAAUGGCAGCAGCUAUACGGGCCGCGUCAAGGACGUACAUGACUACUGGCCUCUCCCUGGAAACAUCUAAUGGUCUAAUAGGAGCUAUUGGCAAUACGCCAUUGAUUCGUUUGUCCAAGCUUUCGCAAGAAACAGGAUGUGACAUUCUAGGCAAAGCAGAGUUUAUGAAUCCAGGUGGUUCGGUGAAAGAUCGAGCAGCAUUAUAUGUCGUUAAGGAUGCUGAAGAACGAGGUCUCAUCAAACCAGGAGGAACUAUAGUAGAAGGAACAGCUGGAAACACUGGAAUUGGGCUUGCUCAUAUGCUGGGUGCUGAUGUACGCCCUGUGCCUGCUGUAGCCUUCACAGAACCAACCAAUUACAACCAUCAGGCUCGAGACUAUGCCAAGUCAAUUCCAAAUGCUGUUUGGACCAACCAGUUUGAUAAUACGGCAAACAGGAGAGCUCACAUAGAAACAACAGGUCCCGAAAUAUGGAAGCAAACUGCUGGAACAGUAGAUGCCUUCACAUGCGCUACAGGAACAGGUGGUACCCUAGCAGGAACAGCUCGCUUCCUCAAAGAGGUGUCUCGUGGACGAGUCAGAAACUACCUGGCAGAUCCACCAGGCUCUGUCCUAAACCAGUACAAAACAAACGGAGUUCUCGAACGUACCGGUACGACUUCCAUUACCGAAGGAAUUGGUCAGGGACGUCUUACAGACAACUUGAAGGACGAUAUUGAACAUAAUGUUGACGAAGCUUUCACUGUCCCCGACGAAGAAAGCAUCAAGAUGGUGUUUAGGUUGCUGGAUGAAGAAGGAUUGUUUGUUGGUGCUUCGUCGGCGCUGAAUGUGUGUGCUGCUGUUGAGGUGGCUAAACGGUUGGGGCCUGGACAUCGUAUUGCUACUAUAAUCUGCGAUGGUGCGUACAGGUAUCAGAGUAGACUAUUUAGUCGCAAAUGGAUUGAAAGCAAGGGACUGUUAAAUGCUAUUCCAGAGCAUCUGCACAAAUACAUUAGUCUUGCAUAA